AUGGAUGCCGACGACUCUCUUCUCUCCAGUGAGAACAAUGAUACUGUCUCCGCAUCGAGCUUCCCACAAACACAAUUGCUGAACCUGAGGAACGACUCGUCUGUCAAUGGUGGUGUCACGCCGCUGGAACAGGAAGUGCUUGACGAAUAUAGCCGGUUACUAGGGAACAUGAAUCAGCUCACCAGCACACUCUCAGACUUGUCUUCCGGGCCAAUCACGCUUGAAAUCGCCGAAUCACUACGACUCCUCGAGCGCAAAGUCGCCUCAGUCUACACAUUAAUGAAAGCUAGCGUGUAUAGCAUUGUCUUGCAGCAGGGACAGGUCGAUGGAGAUGCGACGCGAUUAGAAGGAGAGGGAGAAACGACUGGGGGGAUGACUACCUUGCCUAUGCGAUGA